CUUCCGGUGAGAAAGAAAAUGGCAGGAGAUGCGAUCACAAAUGAAGUUAUCUGGAACAUAGACAUGGAAGUAAACCUUUUUCAUGCCAUGAGGGGCCAUAAACCUGCUGGUAAAUUAUCUUUUUGAAGUUAUUGGAAAUUGCGGUAAUUGUCCAGUCUCAGUGCCCAAAGUCACAACAUGUAAAUGUGACAAUUAAGCACUUAAACUUAAUUUGACUCUUCUGCAAUCUGACACUCGUCUGCUGACGAAGACGGCAGACGGUGUUGGUGCUAUUAAUAUUAUUAGGAAGAGGGAGAAGCGUUCUUUUUUUUCCCGCUCCUCAGUUACUUCUAAGCAUAAUUAAAUAAAUUAAAGUAGAUUUUCAACACAGUCCAUAAGUAAGUUCUUGGAUAAAAUGUUCAAAUUGAAUGAAUGAACUCUUUCUCAUUCUCUCUGGAAUUAAUGUGAAUGUGGGAGUUCUGAUGUAAUUAUCUAUUUUACUAUUUUGCCUGUUUGUUAGGCACUACAAGGUAACAAUACAGUGGAUACCUGGCCACGUCAACAUCAGUGGCAAUGAGAGAGCGGACACUCUGGCAAAAACCGGGGCUGCCCAGCCUCAGCCAGAAGUACCAAUGACUUUUUUGGGAAUUAAAAACUGGCUGGCGGACCACUUCAGGCAGAGGCGUCUAUUCAAACUUGGCCACUCCUAGCAAACAAGACCCAUGGUGGGGGGUUAGGACCCAGACAGCAGAGUUUAGUGACGCAGAUGUGCACCGAGCACUGCCUCUUGCGCACAUAUUUCUGGCGGUUGGAUAACAACAGGGAUCCUACCUGCCGGCAUUGCAGCCUGGCCCCGGAGACCCUAGAGCACCUGUUGACCGAAUGCCCCUCACUAGAUCUCCCGGGGGAAGCCAGGGCGGUUGGAGGACCCUUUGUGAGGAAAAUGUUGUAUGGCUCAGCUCAACAGAUGGAGUUAAUAGCCAAUUUACUAGCCGGGGUCAUAAGAGAGUAAUCUCAGACCCUCACCAGAAUAUGUGUGUUAGUUACGCACUACUAUGUUAUCUCUAAACCAUCAUAACUUUUUUGUUUUUCAUCAGUAAAUGUUAAGUUUGGUAUGUAAUUAAAGGGGAAUGCAUGCUCUUUACAGACAAUACAGACUUGGGUUUAAAUUUUAAUAUAUAAAUGUGAUUAUGAUUUAAGGAAAACAAAAAUUUUAAAUAAAAAACUCACCAACUGUUCACAAAACGCUAAUUCCAAGUCACACAAAGAGAAAUUUAUAAUCCAAAGUGUAAAAAUAAUGUUGUUUUUUCUGAACUAUUUCCAUAUGUGCAUCACAAAUAAUUAAGAUCACAUUUAAAAAAAAUUAAAAUGAAACACCAGGACCAGAGCACAUCUUCCAUUAUUACCACCACACAAAAAAUGUCCUAAAAAAACUAUUUCCACUGGAAACAAUCUGCUGCUAAUACUAUUAGAAAAUAUUUGCACUGUAUCUUUGUAUGUACUAACAUUUAUAAUGGUAAAUGGAAAAUUUAUCAUAAAUUUGUCUUAUUUUUUCACCCCUGCAUUUUGAAUUAAUUAUUAAUUAAUUAAUAUGGGAAUUAAAAGAAAACAACACAACUAUUAAAUUUUUACUAUAUAUAUAUAAUAUAAUAUAUAGAUAGAUAGAUUGGGGAGGGGGGGGGGGGGGGCUAGUAGAAAAAAUUUAUAUCUAAAUGUCAGGCUUAGGUGGGGAAUUGAACUCCAACCCUCUAUGGAACAUGUGUUUUGACCACUGGCCAUGACUACCUCUUAAUAUGUCCAAGGUCUAGGGUUUGGUUGGCAUCCACCACUUGGGUGGGGAUAGACCCCCUGUUGAAGGUGUCUCAAGGCACUCAUUUUAUCUCAUUUGAGAUGAAAAGGUGAAAAUUAAGGCCAUUAAUUUCAUUUUAUCACAGGAAGUUGAGACACCUUUGGGUAUCUGACCACGAGAAAACCUAGGAACUUGUCUGUCUUCUUGUGAACAGGAGGAAGAGUGAAAGCAUUUUGAAAAAUUUAAAUUGGAAAAGGAGAGGGUUGGGGAAAGGGGGGGGGGGAGAGUCGGACAGAAUUUAGUAUAAAAUGUUUAUGCAGCAUUUACUGCAUCUUUGAGUGGACACUGACCACACAGGAUUUUUUUUUAAUUUUCUUGUUGUUUAAGUUAGACUUUGCUGACAUACUAAUGGCCACUCUCCACUUCAGCAGAGAAAGCUAUUUUGAUUGAUUGUGCAAAAUUAAUUAAUAGCAAUAACAAAAUACGCUAGUAAUCAAAAUAAAUAUAUUACACUAAAUUUUAUACACAUUUGUCUAGGAACAGCAUUAAAGUACAACUCCCCAACUCAAUUUGGAGGUAACUGGGUAGAUGACCCUUCUCUUCAAUGAGGUGUAUAUUUUUUAUCAGUUGGAUGCGCCACAGUAACCCCCUCAAAUCUGUUUAUCACUGUUUCUUACUUGUGCCUUAAUUAUUGGGAAAAUACCUAAAACUGUUCCCCAGAUAGGGCACAGUGGUUGGUUACAGAAUGGCAUCUUCAGGCUUAUGGGGCAAUAAAAACCCAUUACAAGAAACCCUGGGAGAAAGUACUGAUAAAUAUGAUUUAUGAUAUGAUUAUGGGUAGGAAAUGAAAUAUUAUAAAUUAACACCAUUUUCCAACUGCUACUGAAAUCAUUUUUUUUUCUAAUAAUAACAUUUUUUGUAUUCAUCAGGAGUGAAUCGACACUUUCAGAUGUUAGCAAUUCACGAUCGUCUUUGUUCAGCCAAUAAGAAGAUUAGCUCAGAAGAUGUAUGGAAACACCUUUCCACUUUAUAUGAUUUGCAAGCUUUGGUAUGUUAAGUGUUUCUAUUGUAACACUGUCUUUAUAUUUUUUUUGGUCAAGCACCCUACAAAAGUUCACAUUUUUAGAUGAUCUACUGGAAAUUUUUUAUAUCUUCAAAAAUAAAUUUCUUAACUGUUAUUUUAUUUGUUAAAGCAGUUGGAUGCAUAAAACAAACAUGCGUUUACCAAAUAUAAAACAACAAAUAUUUUAUGAACGGCUGAAAACAACUGUAAUAUUUUAUAAGUCAUUUGACUAUUGCUUUUGAUUUUUUUUCAAAACAAAAGAAAAAACUCUGCUAGAGUUUCAUUUGUUGUAAAUUUUUUCCAAGCCUUUUGUGUCCAUAAUUUAGUAUAGUAAUUUCUUGAACAGUUGGCUGCAUUCUUCACUUCAAUGUUUUAACAUUUAGUGGAACAUCAGUGUACAAAUUUCAAUAUUUCAGUCGAGUUAUAAAUAAUACAUUACAAAAAUUUCUUAUACCUUAUUUCAUUAGCAAAGACUUAAAAAUAUUGUAAGAAAAACAUUCAGUCAAGUCUUAGCUGGUCGUUGAGUAUGGAUAUUGACUUGUAAUUUUUGUAGCGCUAUUCGUUUGGCAGUUGCUGUCUGAGCAUUGAGUGAGAAGGUUGUAUGAUAUUCCACUAACGAUCUGCGCUAUAUGUUUGAAAUAUUAUACAACCAGAUAAUAGAUAACUUGGAUAAAAGUUUAAGUUGUUCUUGGAAUAGGACUUUUGUUCAGUUUUUAUAAGCUUACUAAGUAUGAACGUUUGAACCAAUUAGAAGUUAGAAACGCAAUCAUUUGGACGCGUCACUGGUGUGGUAAUGGAACUAAAACAGCACUAAAAAACAUAAUUGACUAUUAUACAUUUGGAAGAGUAAUUCAGAUACCUCUGCAAAUUUCUUGGGUAAAAUCUCCCCUGAAAAUAGAACUAUAAAUGUAAUCAGUGGCAGAUUCUAAAAGAGGUUUAGAUGUCAUUCUAAAACAAAAAAAAUUAAAAUGUUAAAAAAAAAUAAAAAUUUUUGUUGUACUUGAUUCAAGCAAUGGAAUCAUUGAAACAUCAUUAAAUGUAAUUGAAACAAGGGCAAAUAUUUUUUGGAGUGUUAUAUUUUGUUUACAUGGUAAACCUGUACUGUAUGUGUAUGUAUUGUUAAUUGGCUUCACGUCAUUAAUCAACCCACUGACAACUGCUAAUUUUAAUGGGAGCAAUCAAAUUGUAAAAUAAAUUAACUAAUGCUCUUGUCUGAUAUAUUCAUUCUGCACCAAACAUCAGUUGAACAGUUAGUAAUUAGUACCAUACAUUAGAUAUACUCUGAUGUAGUUUGUAAAAAAAAAAAAGAAGUUUUUCUGGCCAAAUACUACUAAACAUUCCAGUCAAAAAUAGCAUAAAGAUUAGUCACUUAAUAAUUUUUUGUUCCAUUGUGAAGUUUAUUUUUAAAGCUUUUUUUUUAAUUGUCUUCGGCUUGUUUCAGAAUGAAUCGGAAAUUGUUCCAUUUCCAAAUAAACCUGGAGAUUUUGAAUUUCCUGAAAAUGAGAUGACAGAACUAAGUGAGAAGAGCUUCCCUAGAACACAUUACAUCAACACACCUACACCAGAAACACCAAAAUCAGAAGGUUGGUGAUAUUUUAUUAACUAUUUGUUUAGAAAAAGAAUGAUCUAAUGAUUAAAAAACUAACCAUUGGAGUAUGUAUGAAAUUUUCAAUGCUUUGGUUCCAAAUACCUGGAAUAAAAACAAAAAUAGUACUUAAAAAUUUCAGACCAUGUUAUUUCAGGGUCCUUCCAGGUUAUAAAAACACAACCCCUGAGAUUUAUUACAAAAAGUAUGAUCAGGUGGAAUCAAUUCAUCUACUCACCCUUAUAAGACAACUAUUUUCAGUAGAAAAUCCUAUGAAAAAUUCCUCACCCAUCUGCAGGAUAAACGGUGCCAGAUAGGGUUGUAAUAAAUUGCUAUAGUGGACCAUAUCGGUACAUAACAUGUUAAAAGGCUAAUGCCUGUAUCUUAGCGGCUCAAUCGGCUAGAAUAAAACUGGAAGGAGGAAUAUACUUCUUUCUUUUUUUUUAAGUACCGGUAGGUUGGCCUACAUUUGCAAAAGCUUACAAUUAAAAGUUUCUCAUCCAUGCUCAAUGCUAUGAUAAUUAUUUCAGGUGACUCUUUAUAAACAAAUAGUUUUGUCAAUAAAAUUUCCAAUUCUAACAUUAAGAGUUUUAUCUAUAAGCUUCAUCAUUAUGUUUAACCUCAAGUCAAUGAGUGGAAAAUUUAUUUGAUCUACUUAAAAUGUGAGAGCACAAUAAUUUGAAAUUACAAAUAUUUUAAUAAUGUGAUUUAAUACAAACCAUAAUGCCAUUGUAUAAAUUAUAUACCUAACACUAACACCUGUGUUACAAAAAUUGUUAGUUUGAAUCGGAUUUGUGAUAAUUAUUGUAAAGAAUUUAAAUAAUGAUCAGACAACUUUCUGGUGCUAUUGGAGAUAGAACUAUUUAGCUCUGGUUUACUACAUAGUAUGUUCAAAUAUUGUUAUUUCUAUUGUCUGUCCUCAGGUCAGUGCAAAAUUACCAAGACUGUAAAGCAAGAACCUAAAUCAGAAAGUAAAGUAGCUGUAUCAAAAUCAGAGAAUCGAAGUAAUACAUCCAUACGGCCUGAAAGUAAAUCAGGUCUUUCUGUUAGUUCCAAGCUUACUGGACAAACUCUUCCAAUAAAUGCUCAAGACCCAUCACCCAAGCGCACUAAACGAACAAGACAUAUACCAUCCACUAACAGUAGCCCAGCAACGCCAACAGAGCCUUUAGCUAAGAGGCGCAGAUAGUUAAUUCUUAAUUUUAAAAACAUUUUGGUAUAUGUCAAUGACUUCAGACAUGGAAUCCAGAUUCAAGUAGUGCAGCUGGUGUAAUGUGAUUCAAAAUGUAUGGAUUUCUUUCGUUGAGACAACUUUUCACUUCCAGCAUGUUGUUCCAAAUGUACAUUUCAAGUUCCAUUGUUCAUAGUCUUUAAUGGAAAAUAAUUGCAUAUUGGGCAAGAGACAUGCCAGCAAAGUAGUGAGACAUUAAUUUGACAGGCUGAACUUAGAAGAUUCUCACUGUGCCCUAGUAGAUGAUUGUGACAAAUACAGGAUUGAAUGUUACAAAAUAAUGGAACUUUUCCGAUGAACUGAUGCUUGUAUAUUUGAAAUAUUUGUUAAUUCGUUCUAAGAUGUGCUGUAAUUAUAACAUUUUAAAAAUAAGUUCUUGUAUUUAAUAAAUUGUUAAGAUAUGUCAAGUGUGUAAAGAUUUAUUUUAUGAAUUUAUUCAAGGCUACAAGCUAUACAGAUCUCCCUGAAAAAAACCUUUUGACUCUGUUCACUGUUAUAAACAUAAUAAAAAAAACUUCACAAAAAGCAAUAUAAACUAUUUCAAACUACUUACUACUAGAUUUACUAAUAGAAAUUGAAGAAACAGUUCAAACUGACCUUUUUUCUACUAUUUUAUUACAUCA